ACCGGAUAUUGACUUUGCACCGCCCGUCUAGGGUGAGGAAUGUCGUAAAAUAUCAUUAACUAGUAUCAAGUCUAUCCAAAGAAUUAUUUUAUUUAUUUUCAAACAUAAAAUAAUGGAAAAAUAGUCAUAUGUAUCUGAAGUUAUAUGAUAUCUACAUUGUACUGCUCUGUUCAGUAACACAUAUCGCCACCAUUACUAACUUGCGAAUACCUGACAUUUAUACAAGAAUAUUGGAUGUCAUUGGCUUAAGAAGAUUUCUUAUGCUUCAAGUGGAUCUUUUAAAGACAAAUGGAGGAUGCUGUACAGAGCAGAUAUGAUUCUGUUUAUAUGAACCAGUGGAGGAACUAAUGAGAAAUAUUUCCAGUUCUUCACUGCCUUGAAUAUGUGCAGGAUUAUUUCGUUUUUAAAUUAAAAUUGCACAAAUUUACAAAAUACUUCGCUUUAGGAAAUCACAGCAAAUGAAGAUGCUACAGUAGGAAUAUUUGUUGGCAAUAAGCUAAUAAAAACAAAGAAGCGCUGAGAGAAGAAUAAUUAUGGAAUUAGAGUUAUGUGAGAGAGAGCCUGAAACGACUGAUUUUCUUGAUGGAACACUGAAAGAGCGAGAAAAAAUAUCAUAUGACUGUGACAUAUGUAGAAAAUCAUUCUCUCAAAAAAGAAACCUAACUACACAUAAACGCAUUCAUACAGGAGAGAAGCCAUAUCACUGUGAUAUUUGUGGUAAAUCAUUCUCUCAUAGAAAUGCCUUAACUGUACACAAACGGACUCACACUGGGGAGAAACCAUAUAACUGCAGUAUCUGUGGUAAACCUUUCUCUCAUGGAAAUGCGUUAACUAUACAUAAACGUAUUCAUACAGGGGAGAAGCCAUAUCACUGUGAUAUCUGUGGUAAAUCAUUCUCUAGAGGUAGUCAGUUAAAUACACAUGCAUGUAUUCAUACAGAACAAUAAACCUAUCAGCACAAUCAUUCUAUGAAAAGUGUUACUCAUAGAUGUAUUGACACACAGAGCAAAUAUAUGAGUAACACCUCUUUAAUCUAUAAUAAACACUAUAUUUACAUUGGUGUGAUUUUACCAUUGCAAUAUGUUAAUAAAUGCAUUGUUUCAUAUAUCCCAUGAAACUCUCUCCAGAAUGGAGAAGAAAAAGACAAAUUAAUAAAUACUGUUAUAAAUCAGAGACAUCAUAACAGUUGUUAUAUUAUGAUGAAAUACACAAACCAUAGAAAACAUUUUAUCAUUCUAUACUAGGAUAUAGUUAUAUCAUUAUACAUUCAUUCAUGUACUUUAUAUAUUCUAGUUUAAAGUUUAUGUAUGAAGAAUCUUAUCAAAGGAAUGAUUUCAUUGUUGGUAAGAUUUGAGUUAUUUCAUCAGUUCUUAACCAUCAUUAAGUUAAAUGCUAAUUGCAUGUGUCAAUGUAAUUGAUGUUGAACUGAUUGUAAAUGCACAGAGUCGAGUAUAGUCUGUGAUUAGAUGUCUCCUGUCCUUUUAUUCAUUUCCCAUGCUGCCCUGAGAACAUGUCUAUUGUAUAAGAUACCACUACAUUUUCUCAGUUUGGAGGUCAGAAUCUUUAUCCUGACCUUAAAAUUCUUUGUGACUUUCUUAAUAAAUUGUAGCUGAAAUAAAACCUGUGUUCUCAUA